AUGGAAAUCAAAUGGCAGCAACAACACGACAUCAAGAAAGAACAGGGCGUUUCUGAGCCCAAGAAAUCACCCACUGAAGCUAAUGGCGAUGCAUCUGAAGCCGCCACUAUUUUUCAGUCGAAAACUAGGUCUUUGGAGAAUUUGAGGCACCGAUUGGAAAAGGUAGAGGAAGAGGCUGAUGAGAUUCGGCAAGUGAUGGCUAAGCUGGAGAAAGAGAUACGCGCGGCCCAAGACAUCGUGGAAGGUCAAAAUGGUGGCUCAGUCGUGGCUGUGAAGUUAGAGCCAAAGGAAGAGUCAGAUACAAGAUCAAUAUUUGUUGGCAAUGUUGACUAUGCAUGCACAGCUGAAGAGGUGCAGCAGCAUUUCCAGUCUUGUGGAACCAUCAACAGGGUUACAAUUAUGACAGACACAUUUGGUCAGCCCAAAGGUUUUGCCUACGUGGAGUUUAUGGAGGUUGAGGCUGUUCAAAAUGCUCUAGUGCUGAAUGAAUCCAAGCUGCACGGUCGCCAGCUUAAGGUAUCUGUUAAGAGGACUAAUAUUCCUGGCAUGAAUCACUAUCGUGGAAUGUAUCCAAACCCGUACUAUGGCUAUGGGAGCUUCCCGAGGUUUAAGCGUCCCAUGCACUACAAGCCCUAUUGA